GAACACGCUCGUAUAUUCGUGAGUCACUGGAAUAAAGGUGUUCCUGAGGAUUUGAGUCUUGCAUGCGAAGUUGCCGGAACCGAUCCCACGUAUGGAUUCCCGAGAACUUGUGACGCCUCGUCAGCACAACGACUGUUUCAAACAACAAGCGAAAACACUGUGGUGUGUUUUUCGCUGUUAUUGGAAUUGUUGUGUUUUCGUUUGAAGGCUAUCGAAGGUAUAACGCCAACGAAAGAUGCGAAAAGAGAUGUAGAAUCUGGAAAGAUGCUCAUCGAGUUGCAAGGGAAGUGUUUCAACGCGACAGUUGCGGUGAAGAAGUAUACCGUUAGAUGUCCAUGGUGCCCAGAUCCAAAUAGCUUAGCGCUUGUUGAGCAUCAGUAUAUGGGUAAUGAACCAGCAGCUGAGAUGUCUCAAGAUGUUGAGAGUCGCGAUCAUCUGCUGCAUUUGGGUGUGAUUCUGCUAUCGACAAUUGCUGUGAUCAGUUCAACGGCAUUCAUGUGUUUACUGGUCGCUUUCCUGCGGCAGAAACGCUCCUCAGCCCUGAGCAAUAAACAGCGACGAUACGGUGCUUACCAUCAACAGUGUCAACAAGUUCAUGUGGAUCGUCAGUUUCAUAGUGAUGAAAGCAGAUACGAAACACCAUGGGAGCAGAAAUAUCGUCCGAUUCCGUAUUGGGUUGGCAAUAAGUCUGAUCUAGUCGCUGUGCCACCGCCAUCUGUGAUCGAAACGUCAUCAAUGAUCGGAGGAGAUGCGUUGUCGGGUCAUACUUCGCGAACAACCAUAAUUGGUACGAUGGGUCGGUUGCACCACUCACCGAACUCAUCCUCAAACGGUGCUCCAGGGGCGAGUGAUACGCAUGAAGAUAGCGGAUUAGAAUCUGUAUGA